AGCCCAGGCAAUUCUGCUGUUAACUGCAGGUGACGUCACUGCAAGUACGCCCACAGGUGGAAAGUGGCUGUAUAUAACGCCGGAGUUCAAGCUGAGGCCAAACACUUGACGCCUUCCAACAUGUUCAGGUUUGUUGUGAUUGCUGUUGCGAUUGUGGUGGUCGCCGCCCUUCCCCACUUUGACCAUCGCGACGAUCCCAUAAGGCGCUCAAUUCACAUUCGCUACAUUCCCACCGGCCGAUCAGCUUCCAUUCGUUACGAUCCCACCAGCCGAUCACCUUCCAUUCGUUACGAUCCCACGUACAGGGACGCUCCAGCCGAGUUUACCGAUGAUGAUAUGAAGGACAACUACUCCAAGCACGACUUCGAGGACUCAGAGCACCACGAGGGUACCGAUGAUAUGAAGGACAACUACAACAACGACUUCGAGGACUCAGAGGACCGCAACGGCUAUAACACCCGGGAACAAUACCAGGUGCAGUCAGACCGUGGAGAACACCGUCAGCAUUGACAGCACCUUCAUGGCGAAAAUUGAAGGCAAAGCCUUCGUCCAGCCACAUUACGGAUAACGGACGCUUUCUGCUCAAUUGUUCAAUAUUUCAUGAAGUAAAUGAAUAAAUAUAUAAAUAUGC